AUGAUCUUCACCGUUGCAAUGGUGUUUCUCCCAUUGACGACGUUCUUCACUUGUCAAUACUUUUUUAGCAGUCCUCUUGUCAGUGGUGGUGCGGCUGCUGCUGCCGCCAAUGUGGUCUUGAUUGCAUACAUUGUCGCUGCCUUUAGCGAAAGCACGCCAGAGGAAGGCGAGGAGUCUAAAAAGGACCGAUAG